CAGAUUCGAAAUGUAGCAUCGAGCUCUCCCCACCGGAACGACUUGCUCGGGGAACACGGGGCGGCCGGACGGGUGUGCAGUGAGGGACAGAACGGACGUGUCGAGCCGGGCCUGUCUGUCGACUCGGAUCACGGAGCGAUGCAGCGCACACGCAGUGGUGGGAUGCCAUCAAAAUGUGGAUUUUGUAAGCGGAUUAAAGAGGACACAUGCAGUGGAGAAAUGCUCUUUUCUCAGGAUGGUCAACUGGUAAUUCACCGCAGAUGUCUGCUGUUUUCGUUUGCACCCGUGAUAUCCAAAAUACCCAAGAAUGAAAACCUUUGUGGGAUUUCGAUACAAACUAUUCAAAAGAAAUUGCAAAAAACUGCCAAAAUGAAGUGCACUCACUGUCAUCGGUCUGGAGCUGCUGUUAAAUGUGCUGUAACCAACUGCAGGAAGGUCUAUCACUAUCCCUGUGUGACGAGUGAUAAUGGUGCAAUCAAGGAAAAUGAAAUCCGUGGGGUUUACAGGAUUUGGUGUCAUAAACAUAAAACUGAACAGAAAUUAGUAGAAGACAGCUCCUUUGAACAUGCUGAAGAUGUUCAGGACACUGUACAACCUAAAGGCGAAAUGCUGGAACAACAGGAAGGGCAACAUCUCUGCAGCAAAAAGGCAGACCCUCAGGGACAUUCUUCUUGUAUGCAGACUGAAAUUCUUAUGAAAUGUGAAGUUAAGAACUGCUCAAAGACUUGCCACUUGGGAUGUGCAACUUCUAACAACAUAAAGCUCAUGAAAAAUGUUGAGAAAGGAGUUGACAGUGGUUCUGAUGAAGAUCAAAAUGAUAAGAAGGCCCUUGGUUCAACUUCGAGUAACUACUGCAUGGACAACGGAGAUGAAGAAAGUUGCAAUGAUUGGGAAGAUAACCACAAAUGGAAAAUGAGAAAUAAAACAAAAGGUGAAGGAAGAUUGAAAAAAUCCCAGAAACAUCAUUCCUGUUUAUCAAAUAAUCAUGGAACCUUUGAGGGUUCCAAUGUGUCCAAACCAACUUUCCAAGAACUUGAUUCUUUCAGUUGCAACAACAGGAAUUCCAACAAAAUGUCAAAUCUCCCUGAGAGAGAUUAUUUGGAGCACAGUGAUAUGAACACUGAGAAAAUUAAAGGGAAUACAGCAGAGCUCUUGCAGUCGAAAGAAAAUCCUGCCAGAGUAGCUGAGAGUGAGGAAAACACAUCCUGCAUGGAUAUCCACAAUCUUGAAAAAGCAAAAUUAUUUUGGAUCAAAAUGCAAGCUUCUAGGAGGGUGGAACUCGUCUUUGAGCAACUCAGUAAUGUGAUAACCUGCCUGAAAAAGAAAAUUUCCAAUGGUUCAGCAAACAAUCAAGAAUAUUUGAAGGCUUUAAAUUUGCUCAACAAAGCUGGAAUCUACAACAACUCACUUUCACCUGACACAGCAGAAAAUGAAGAAAGGUUUCAGUUGAAUUGUGAGGAUAUUUCGGAAAGAUUGAUAAAUACUGAAGAAAUGGAAGCAGAAUUAGUAUUGGACAAUCCCCUGUUUUUACAAACAUCAGUUAUUAAAAGUCUGGCUUCCUGCGCCACCUGCCCAUCACCUACAAAGGAAUUAAAUUACCCAAAUGUUCCUGAUCGGUUAAUACUUCAUCAGCGUAAGUGCAAUACCAUGUGUAUCGCUGGAGUAAUGCCUCAAACUUCUGAUCAUUUCAAAGGGGAAAAUCCACUGAAAAUUCCCAUACUCUGCCGGUUUAAAAGAAGACAUGCAAAACUGCACUGGGAUACUGAGGUUUUGGAGCCUCCACAUGUCUCUUACAAAGCUCCUUGUGGGAGAAGCUUGCGGAAUUUCAAGGAGGUGCGCAAUUACAUUUAUGAAACGCAGUGUGGCUUUCUUUUAUUGGACUUUUUCUCUUUCAAUACAUACAUUCAGCUUUCAAGAACAUUUCCUUGCAAGAACCCAGUUGUUUAUGAAGCUGAUAUAAGCCACGGUAUAGAACCUGUUCCAGUUUCUCUGCACAAUGCGAUUGACAUCUCUACGCCAGAGCACUUUAAAUACAGAAAAGCACGGUUGCCUCAUGGAUGCCUUAUUAGUAAUUCAUCAGAGAUGUUCCAACAGAAAUGCAACUGCACAAAUGGCUGCAGUGAUGGGUGUGCAUGUCAACAGCUGACAACCAAAGUCAACAAAAGAUUUAACAAGGCUUCUGGGUAUGAAUACAAGCGUCUUCUGCAAUGUGCACCUUCUGGGGUUUACGAAUGUAACAAGUGGUGCAAAUGCGACAAAAGAAUGUGUGAAAACAGAGUUGUACAACAGGGCCUUACAGUUCGACUGCAGUUGUUUAAAACGCACAAAAAAGGCUGGGGAGUCCGUUGUAUGGAUGAUGUUGAUAAAGGAACCUUUGUGUGUUGUUACACAGGUCGAAUACUAAGGACCACAAAUGAAAUAGAGAGCCAAGAAAAUGAGAAAGCCAUUAAUGUUAAUGAUACUAAUUCAGGUGGCAGCAAAACAGCAAUGACCUUCAUCAAGAGAGAAAGGAAAGACUCCAAUUCGGAACCUGAAUGUAAACUAUUACAAGAAACGGAAGAGACAAAUACAAGUGUGAAGAAGGAUGAAGCAAUUCCAUUUUUGAAAACAUCACCUUUAAUAACACAAAAUAUGGAACUAUCUGGGAACAAACUCAGAGUUAGCAAGUCUGAAUUAGCUGACUCUGAAUUGACAUCAAUAGAACGGCCAAAAACAAAGACGGCGCUUCUUCAGGCUCGUCGAAGAAAGCUUCUGGAGCAGGACCAGAAAUUAUUUAUGCACAGUAGUUCAGAGGAGGAUGAAAGGGUAUCAUCAGCAGAGCGACCCAAAAGACACUCCAGAACAUUACUGCUAUCUUCACCAAAGAAACUCAAGACUUUAUCAGGUAAUCAUCUGAUCAACAAUGAUGAAGGAGUCUCAGAAAACAAGAGCAGCAUUGAUUACAGAAAAAGUCAUCAUAUCCCUUCUGGAAACAUUCUUGAAUGUCCUUUGUUCUCUCAACAAGCACAACAAGAAACAGAUAAACAGGAAAAUAAAAUAAAUAAUGAAAAUGGAAAUAUACAAAACAAAUUGAUUCAAGAUGACAAUCAUAAGCAACCAAUGUUAAAAUUACACAGAAUCUGCGUUGGUGAUAAGCAAGAGGAUUGCUGUUAUCUUUUGGAUGCCACAAAAGAAGGAAAUAUAGGUCGUUUUCUUAAUCAUAGCUGUGAUCCAAAUCUAAUGGUACAAAAUGUUUUUGUCGAUACUCAUGAUAAGAAUUUUCCCUGGGUGGCUUUUUUUACCAAUAGGUAUAUUAAAGCAGGAUCAGAGUUGACAUGGGACUACAAUUACUCGGUGGGAACCAUACCCGAAGAAGAAAUUCCAUGUCUUUGUGGAUCCAUCAAAUGCAGGAACAUUAUAGUGUGAUACCUCCAGUUUAAUCGUUACAAGGAUCAGUAUCAGUGAUUUGGAAGAGGAAGAGAAAAGAUGAACGAAUGAAGAAAACAUCAUUAAAAUGAAUGAAGUUAAAUUAAAUGUGCAUGGAAAACUAAAAAACUGCAGAUGCUGGUAAUCUGAAAUAAAAAUAUAAAAUGCUGGAAAUCCUCAGUAGGUCAGGCAACAUCUGUGGAAAGGGAAACAGAGUAGGUAUUUUGAGUCAAUAUCUUCACAGAUGUAAAUG